AUGAGGGAGGAUGAGCUGGCAGGAGGUGUGGACAAUGGAGAACGAUCUGAUCUCCAGAGACCCUACAAAACACUGUGUGAGCUUUCCAAGAAAUAUGGGUCUGUGUUUACAGUUUAUUUUGGACCAAAAAAAGUGGUUGUCCUAGCCGGGUACAGGACAGUCAGAGAGGCUCUGGUCGGCUAUGCAGACGAGUUUGGAGAAAGAGAAAUUCUGUUUACUUUAUACGGAAUCCUGUUUUCAAAUGGAGAAACAUGGAAAGAGAUGCGUCGUUUUGCCAUCAACACCCUCAAAGACUUAGGGAUGGGGAAGAGAGUUGCAGAGGAGAAAAUCUUAGAGGAGUGUGGACACCUCACUAAAGUGUUAGAGAGUUAUAAAGGGAAACCAUUUAACACAUCCCAUCCAACAAAUAAUGCAACAUCCAACAUCAUCUCCUCCGUAGCGGGAAGUGCCGCAAAGAGCCAGCAGCAUUGAUGGAUAUAUAUAUUACUGACUGGACAUUACGUGAUUUAUCGUAAGUCACACAUGCGCCAUUGCUGUCCAUUGAGUCAGGAAUAUCGGUGGUCAGRAAAAUACUAUAAUCACGCAAAGAAUCUGAAAAAAGGACGCAAUGUUUAGCAGUUAAUUCAACCAUGUGACAGCCAUAGAUAACAAGGG